AUGAUUAACGCAUUAAGAAGAUUUAUUAGUUUACGAGGAUACCCUAAAGAAAUCAGAAGUGAUUGUGGUACAAAUUUCAUUAACGCAGAUAAGGAGUUGAAAGCUAGCAUCGAAGAAUGGAAUCAACAGAAGAUUAGAUCUUUCUGUAAUCAAAAAGGAAUAGAAUGGACAUUUAAUCCACCAAGUGCGAGUCAUAUGGGGGGCGCAUGGGAGCGGUUGAUAAGAAUUGUACGUCAGAUUCUUCGAGCGCUGCUGAAAGAACAAAUAAUUGGAGACGAAGUCCUGUUAACCGUCGUGGCUGAAGCAACAAACAUUCUAGACAGUCGACCACUAACGCGAAAUGGUGAUGAUCCACGAGAUGAAGUACCACUAACCCCAAACCAUCUGUUACAUUUACGCCCGUAUUCUACAGGUAUAUUGCCUCCUGGAGUGUUCACCGAGCAUGACCAUUACAAACGUAGAUGGAAACAAGCACAAUAUUUAGCUAAUCUUUUUUGGAAAAGAUGGAUAAAGGAGUAUCUUCCUAAUCUCCAAAUUCGACAGAGGUGGACAGAAAGAAAGGAAAACUUAAAGGUUGGAGAUCUCGUACUUCUCAUGGAUAAGAAUUACAGAAGAGGACAGUGGCCGCUUGCACGUGUUGUUGAAGUGUUCCCAAGUGAAGAUGGUUUAGUUCGUAGUGUUAAUCUCAAGACAAGUUCAACAGUGGUCACUCGAGCCAGACGAACCCGACGUGGAGAAAUAAAAACAACAACGACCUACCUUACUCGCCCAAUAACAAAACUAUGUCGUCUGGAAAUGGACACUGAAGAUAAGUGCAAUUCAUGA